GCAGGCCUUUUUGCUCUGAGUCCGACUCCGAGUCGUGUCGUGAUGGACAAUGAGAGAAGGUUCUCUUGCUGCCAUAUCCUUCUGCCGGGCAAAACUUAAGAGUGUUUUAAGUAAGCAGCUCUACAAAUCGCCUCCAUCGUCAGAAGAUCCAAUUCGAGGGGUAGGAACCUGUGCUUCUGGCUGCCUGCAGAAUGUUUGGAUGAGGUGCGGACUGUGAGAGUUGCUGGCUUUGAUACGCGAUAUUGUGCGGAGACAAAAUAGAAUGUCUCCCAGUCUGUGACUCUGCUGGGCCAGGAGCUGGGCCAGGAACUGAUUGCGAUUGAAGUUUUCGGCUGCGGGGGGUGCUGGAUCCCCAUGUCGGCGGUGGUUGCUGUGGGAGGCGCCCAGGCCGGGGGAAGGGCGCUCAGCCACCAGUGUUUCCCGGCAGAAGCAGAGAGCCACAUGCGAGCCAUUCUAGGUCGAAAACUUGUGGCUGACCCGUUCAAGCAGCAGGCGCAACGACCUCGCCUACAAAGAUUUCGGCUCCAGGCGGGAUUGGGGGGAGUUGGAAGGAUUAUCGAGCAGGGAGACGAACUUGGUCCGGAGAAGGUGGUUAUUGUCCGUGCCCACGGCAAAGACUACAAAUUCAAGUCCGGGGAAGCCCUUGGUGACAUUCUGGAGAUGCUGGACUUGCUUGUCAGACCGGGAGCGCUUGUGAGGCGAGUGGAUGACUACGUGCCGAUGAAAGGGGAGCCGGUCACAGCGGGGUUCUACGACUUUGGAUCGCGGUUAGGCGGAACUGGAAGCGAAGAAGAUAUGGCGACGAUAAAGUCGGAGUUAGCUGCACUGAAUAAGGGCAAAGUCGAGGACCGGGCCACGCUCAAGGCAAUAGACGAGCGCAUUGGAAAGAUGGAUCUUGAAGGCCCCUCUUUGACAGAAAGAGUUAGGCACUGGGUAGUCUUAGAAGGUUAUUUCGCAACAGCGUGGGGGCCCCCGGGAGUUCGGGUUAUAGGCGAGAUUCUACAGCAAGAUUAUGAGUACAUGGUGCCCUACUUUGACGCCAUGAAGGACAGUUUGAGUCCCUUUGUGGUUGUCGAUAGACUUAGGAGGACGUUAGAGGGGGAGUUGGAAGCGGAGGCGGGUGGGAAGUGUGUAAGGGACGAGCUUGAGGCGGAAGGAGAGGUUAGCAAGCGGGUGGGGGACUCCGAGCCGCGAACCAUUGGGUGGCCAGAGGUUGACGAAGUCCAGUGGUUAGAGGGAGAAGAAGUUGGGUGGGCAGAAAUAGAGAAGGUCGGCUUUUUGUCCGCAGUACGGUUGUUACAUUGUGAUUAAGGGGUUGACGUGAUGAUGUUUUGAGUUCUGCAAUGUCUCCUGUAGACGUGUGUCAAUGCAAGUCAAACGUCUGCUUAUUGCACAUACGCUAGUUUGGAGUAGAAUCUUCAUUGACGUACAAUCAACCAUAGCCUUCACGGCCGGCGCCAUCGAACCACGUCAACCUUCGUUGGAUCCC